AUGAAGACCUCUAACAUCGUGGUGGGUCUCGGCGUCCUCUCCCUUAUGGAAUGUAUCUACGCCUACCCGGGAAUGGCAAACACAAUCAGCGAGAUUGAGCGGCGUGCACACAAGAGGGAACUCCCGAGGCAAAUCCUGAAACUUCGCCAGGACCCCGGCGAGACAGAUGAGAACGAAGAAGAGACGGACCCGAACGAUGAUGGGUCGGCGCCAGGAGAGCUUAUAGGCGAUAUCAAAGACGGCGGGACAACACCGAUCGGGAAGACUAUCGCUAGGAUUCUUCUUGAGCAAGAGUCGGGUCAAAGUCUUGAAGCGGGUUACAAAGCGCCGGGACCACCUGGCUCGGUCAAGUGCAAGAAAGAUACAUGCUGCAUUUGGGCGCAUGUAUCCGCCGCUCUUACCCAGAGAUUCACGGGGCCGUCCGGACGAUGCAACAAGUUCGCGCGCGCCGCAGUCAGACUAGGCUUCCAUGACGCUGGCACUUGGUCCAAGAAGCUUUCCAGCCAAGGCAAGGACUUUGGAGGCGCGGACGGAAGCAUUGUGCUCGCGAAAGAGGAGAUGCAAAGACCGGAGAACAAUGGCUUGCAGGAUGUCGUCAAGUCAAUAAGGCAGUGGCAGGGGCAGUUUGGUGUGGGGAUGGCGGAUCUGGUUCAGUUUGCUGCUCAGCACGCUGUCGUUACUUGCCCACUAGGGCCCCGUAUCCGGACCUUCGUCGGCCGCAAAGACAGCAAGAAACCUGCUCCCGACGGCCUCCUCCCAGGCGUCAACGACUCGGCCGACCAACUCAUUAAUCUCUUCCAAGACAAAACGAUCACGCCGCACGAUCUCGUCGCUCUCCUGGGUGCGCACACGACAUCCCAACAGUUCUUCGUCGACGCUUCCCGCAAGGGCGAUCCUCAGGACGGGACGCCGGGCGUCUGGGACACGCUCUUCUACAAUCAAACUCUCGGCACUGGCCCCUUGCCUAAGAAGGUAUUCCGAUUUGCGAGUGAUAUCGUUCUCGCGAAGGAUUCGCGGACGGCGGAUGAGUGGCAAUCGUUCAAUGGGCCCGAGGGCCAGAGUCACUGGAACGAAGAUUACAGCUACUCGUAUAUCCGGCUGUCGCUUCUCGGUGUCAAUAACAUCAACCAGCUGACUGAAUGCACAAAGGUGCUUCCGAUGCCGAAGCCGAAGUUUAAGGGCGCUGGGGAGUUGUUGAGGGACGAAUAG